AGGAUCGGGAGGACACAAUGGGAUGCUGUCUUCUUCGGCGGCUGCCAGGAACUUCUUGGCCAGCAGGGAGCCGCCACAGUGCCCUGCUCUGCACCAGUUGCAGAACGCCUCGUCCAACGACUCGGCCACGGGGGACUGCGGCCCGCACAACGGCGAGAGCGUGGCCUCCCCGCCGACGACGACAGCCGCGAGCAGCAGUGCAAAGCUGCCCAGCGAGCUGACCAUCAUCCCGAUCUCGGCCAACGCGUCGCCCCAGGGUGGCAACGACGAUCACGGAGGCUAUGGCGGCAGUGGCGGAGGAGGUGGAGGUGGAGGAGCCUCGUCGAACAUGUACCCCGCGGGUGUGGUUCCCAUGCAGUACCUUAUGAACCCCCACGAAUUCCUCCAGGAGGAAUCGGGGGAUAUCGACGAGCUGAAAAGGUCAGCGUACCCACUCCUCCCACCGAAGGGGGAGGCAGCCAUCUUGUCAGAGAUCCGCAACUUCGUGAUGCGCUACAACAUCAAGCAGACGAUGAUCGCCGAGAUGACCAAGCUCAGCCAGGCGUACGUGAGCCGUUUUUUCCGCGGCGACAUCGCCGACAUGUCGGAACGCACCAAAAACACUUUCUACAUGUGGUACCUGACCUGCAAGAACAACCCUUGGAAGCUGGCACAACUGUGCCCCAACUCCGGCGUGAAGCGGAUGGUCUCGGAGACUGGCGACCUGAUUCCACUCAAGCGGGAGCGCUUCACCUUCAAGUCGGCACACCUGGCCGUUUUAGAGCGGUACUACGAGCGUGACCCGUACCCGGAUGCGCAGACACGCGAGCAGAUUGUCGAGGAAUGCAACGAGGCCGUCGAACGACCUGAGCGUCCUUUGACUGAACGGGAGAAAGUGAGCCUGCCUGUAGUGAACAACUGGUUCAACAAUCGUCGAAAAGAGGCCAAGAAGCAACUCAGGCAGCAACAUGCAGCAGCAAUGGCAGCAGCGGCACAGGCAGGUGGACUUGGUGGGUUAGGAAGUGUGCAAGCGGCGUUGACUGGCGGUGGGCACCAGAAGUCCCCCUUUUCGGUGGGUCCACCCCUGUGGGGCGCACCGAGCCUCUACCCACAAGUGGGAAGCUCAGCUGCAGCCCUCGCGGCUGCAUUGCCAUCAUGUGCCGCCGGAUUGCCCACUUCCUCGCCACAUGUGGAGACGCCUUCUAUGCGAGGUGGUGGCAGCGACCAGGGAGACUCUGCGGGCCCCGAGGGGGACAGUGACCAGGGCGAUUCGGACACCUCCCAGGAGGAAGACUCCACCUCGUUGCCAUCGUACGGGCACGACUCGGAGCCAGCCGACUUCACCACCAAUGACAACAACAUGAAGCCCGUCAUCAAGCAAGAAAUGCCGAGUUCUCAAUGCGUAUCCAGCAUGGAGCAGGAUGAUGAUGGCUAAGGGCGGCGCAGCGGUGGACGACAAGUCACGAUGGGAGAGACAAAAAAAAAAUCAAGACCGACCGUGGGUCGUCAGCGCGGGAGGAUUUCGUUUCAGCAGUGAAAAGAAAAACAAAAAAGAGUCUUGAGAGAGCCAUCGGUAGACGGUGGACGAGCGUCACCGUCCUCCGCGGUGGUCAGCCCUGGAAUGCCGUGUGGAGAUGAUGGCACGAGGUGCAAGAAGAGAGAGGCGGCUUGUCGAAAUGGAGACGAAAGGGCUGCUGGGCACAAGUUCUCGUGCUACCAAGGUGAAAGAAGUCAUUUGUUGGAUUGUCGCCGGCCCACCCAAACCGAAAGCAGGAAUGAGCCGAGUGACAAGGUUCGUCGUUGGGUCCGCGUCAGACGUCGUCACAUGCUGCGGCACGUCGUCUCGACGACAGGUGCCAGGAAGGGAACAAGUUUUCCACGGUCUCUACCUCACGAUUGAAAAAAAAAAAUGAAAUGAAAAAGGAAAGAAAAGCCGCAAAAGUGAUGGCAGGCAGGAAUGAAAUUACCUUUUUUCCCCCCUUUUCCCUUUCUCUCUCUCUCUCGCUCUCUCUCUCAUUUUUUUCUUGCGAACAAAUGCCAAAUUGAACACAGGUUUAGUUUUUUUUCAUCUGUAACGUGUUUCGGAGUACCUCAUUCCUGUUGUUUUAUUGCGACUGAUGCGGUCGUGCGAGACGCUUGUGGUUGUCGGUUUGUGCUGUUGCUGUUUGCUUUCUCGCAGUUUUUUGUUUUGUCGCCGAAGUGCACUUUGUUUCUUGUUUCAUCCCAGUCCCGGUGUUUUUUCGACGGUGGUAACUUGGUUGGCAGUCAUCGGAGGUUCAGGCGCCGUGUGUGUCCCCUUCAUUAGUUAUCGAGCAAGUCGCCCACUGUUGCUGCAAUCUUGCUACACAUCUUUCUUCGGCAUCAUGCUUCUUCUUUGGUUCUUUUUUUUUUUUUUAGGGUGUGUGUGCAUGUUUAUGUCACCUUUGGGUGCUACAUUAUUUUCCCGGUGCUGUUUUCUAAAAGAGUUUUUAUGAUUUGUUGUUGGUGCGGCUGCAAAGUAGCCUUGAUAUAAUUAUGGUCAAAGGUUUCUUCUCUUAUUGUUGACCAAAAUCAUGUCAUCCUGAGGAUGUCAGUUUUGUUUGCUUUCUCUCUUUUUUUUUACUGUCAACAUGUGACAGUUGCUCGCACUGCACGCUAAAUACUUGUUCUGUCCUGUUUGCUUGCUUGUGUGACAAUCGCGCCUUGUUUAGGAUAUUGGGUGUCUGUCAUUCUCUCUUUCUCUUUAUUUUUAUUAUUAUUUUUUUGUCUUCAGAAUAUUUUAAAACUGUGUGGUGUUGUUGGCUUUAAGUAUGUUACGAGGGGAUUAAGUUGUUGCCUUGACUGCACGCUAUUGCUUUCGUGACAGUUGUGCGUAUGGCACGUAUUGCAGCAAGAAACUGGAAUCCGAGCGUACUCGCGUAGAGAGACGAUUCUGUCCUGUGUAUUUUUUUAUAUAUAUAUCUUACGUAUGUUUACAGUUAGGCUUCCGUACAAGUCCACUGAGACUCAGGCUAUGAACAGCAAUGGAAUAUUGCGGGUUUCAUUCUUAUCGUUUGUUCGUUUCUUUGUUCCAUCAGUAGAAGUCUUGGAACGCUAAAAUCACCUUGAUUGCUCAGGUUUUAAAAAAAAAAGGGAAAACGGGUCAGUUCUGCUGAAUGACAAGACACUCGUGGGAGAGGGACGAACAGAUUUUUAAUUUUUAUGUUUAAUUUCACAUUUUGUCGCACCCAGUGGUCAACGACUUGAGGCCAUCGAAAAACAAACAAGUGAGGCAAGGUCCUUCCCUUUUUUUUCAUGGAGAGAGAACGAAAGAAGAAUGCGACGGGACGCUGAAACUGUUCACCACCGUAUAUAUAUAUUAUUUCUUUCGAGCAGUCCUGCCAUUUUUUUUUUAACAUUCGUGCCUGUCAGUUUCCGUCUUUUCUCGUGUUUAGUGCCUCCUCCAUUUUUCACAGUGAUUUUUUUUUCUUUUUUUCGCGAGUCCUACCUCACUUAUUUUACACGCUCAACUUGACGAUUCAUUUUCCCUCCCAUUCGCGUGGUGCACUCCAUGGCGCCACGCAGCGCGGAGUCGUCGCUGUCGUCGGCGCGUUGUUGGGCAGCACGUUGCCACUCAGGGUUUCUUCCCUGUCUCCUGACAUUGUCGUCGCCGCAUCAAGCUCAGGUGCGACUCUGUGUGCGAGUUCUAUUUUUUUUUUUUUUUUUGUAGUUAUUUUUCUCUUUGGUGCCUAGACUGGUGGUGCUGGCAGAGACAGGAGUGAUGCGAUGUGGUGGAGCGCCGUGUGGUGAAGCUCUUCGCCAUUCGACGAGGCCACAUCGCUUCGUCGGACGGUGGUGUGCCGUUGGCAAUGAAGAAGAUGAAGAGACAGUUUCCGAGUGAACUUUUUCAUUUCUUCUUUUAUUUUUUAAAUUUUUUUUUCUCUUUUCUCACACUUCCUUGCGCAAGACUUGUGGUGCGUGGUGUCAGUGCGCGGCUGUCGUUUGAGCAUAUCUGCAGCUCCUGACCCCCUCCCCCCCCCCUCCCGAAAAGGGGGAGCACGGGAGACGCCGAUCGACACGUGACGUGAAGAAAACAAAGGACAAGGAACUCGGAAAAUGCGGCUACACCGCGCCUCCUUCGUGUUCGGCGAGGAAGCCGCCGGUGUGUGCCCGUCUACUGCAAUAGGAACUGCUACGAGUGUUGCGCGCUUUUGCGGCGGGAAAGACCGCUGCGCACAACGGCGAGGCGGAGGCCAGACAGGCCGUUCCGAUUGAGCCCGGAGGACGUCGUCGUAGUGCUGCCGGCCUUCGACGUUGAUCACAAUCAUCGCAACGUGCUGAGUAGUGCAUGCGCUUUUGUUGGUGCUAUGGGGAAUGACGGUAACGAUGGCGCGUCGUGGGGACUCCUCUCUAGAGUGCAGAGGCUACACAGCCUCGCGUGUUGUUUGCUCUAGCUACCUAUGCCUGCCCUUAUUAUAUACACUUGUGUUCUCUUCCACCGCGCUUUACAACCGACCCAAUGUGUAGGUUUUGUUAAGUUGUUCCCCGUAUUCAUCGUGGAUGCACAGUGGUGCACUAAAUUCACUUUCUUUUUUUUUUUGCCCGUUCUUCCUGCUACCAAUCUUUAUUUAUACACUUCACGAGGACCCCAUUCCUUUUUUUGCUCACAUGAUUUGCAAUGUGCAUCGGCAGACGCUUGACCCUACAGCUUUGAGACAAACAUUGCAUUGCGCUUGGUCUUCUGCCAUGUGCCCAUUCACUUGUAUGUGCUGGCCAGCUGCCCCGUGGUAUCACUUCAUUUUCUUUUUAUAACUUCUGGCUGCUGUGCCCAUCUGGGGCACCAACUGCUGUUGCGGAGCGUUUCAGUCUCAAAGUGUCCUUUGCAUUUUGAGCAAGGCAGUGUAGUGUCACCGCCACCAUCAUAGUGGUGCCAGCUUCCUUCACCAGUUGAUGAAGUGAGCUUUAAAAUUAAACAAGGGAGACAAAGACUGCCUGCAACUGCAGUGCUCCGCACUUCAGUUCUUUAGUGACAUUGCCUGAGUUAACAACUGGCCUGCUGGUCAGCGCAUUCUUACACAGCACGUGCCGAGAGAAUGUGCAACAAUGCCAGCAAGCAUGCAGAGCAGACGGCAGUGCAGAUGUCUUCUAAUGAAAUAAGCUAAAUCGGCCAACAAACAACACUCCAGAAGACAAGAUAAACAUGGUGUUAGCACGCAAAGCUGGCUAUCAUUGUGUUUGUCCUAUCUUUCCAGGUCUCAUUAUUUGCCUGUUGAAUUUUAUUACUUGUGAAUGACGUAGCUCGUUUUAACACGUGGUCUGCUAGGCUGCCCUUUAGUAUGUUCCCCGCCAUCUGCUGCUGACUGCCUCGUAGAACCAAGCAGAUGAAAUGAGUAGCCACUGGCACCAGCCUUGAACUAAAAGAGGGGACGAAAGCACAUCUGUUUCACCGUGUUGUUGCUGUGGCAUAGUUUGUGCCAACGUUGAAUAAUAGUGUGCGCACACUUUGUGAAUUCCUGCUUGGUGGCGAACAGUACUGCAGGUUGAAAAUCGUCGAUCAUGGGCUGCGCACUCCAAGGAGCUGCCUAGCAGACAACAGUUGCAUGCUCUGCGUGCAUGCGCCCAUUUUUGCCCAUUUUGCUCAAUCACGCAGCAUUGAGAAGCAACCGGCCGUUGAGCACUCAAGUGACGUCGUUGAAGAAGUACCAUGUAGCUGUGCACAUUUUUUUUAUCAUCCUUUUCCCACUAUCACCAGGACGUGCGUCACCUUCGAGAAUCUGUUUUGCUGGCAUCUGCUGUUUUCUUGGUUUUGUAUUGGUCCUGUCUCUCCCCGCCUACGCCACCUGCUUUUACCGUUUUGUGCGUUCGUGUUUAGCCCCACAGUUUUGACUCAGACUACGGUGUUUUUUCUGGCUGUGCUGUUCUCCUGUCCACUUUGCCUGCGUGUGGCGGGAACAGUCCGGUGUGCGUGCCGUCGUGGGCGGGACUGCGGCCGGGUCCCUCCAUUUCACCGCGGUUAGAAAAAAAAAAGAUGCCGAUCGCCCUCCUCCCACCGCAUGUCGGGCCUCCACCUGUUUCUUCCGGCCGUUUUUCGCACCGGUACAUUACCAGUGGUGUGUGGUUCUGCGCUCCUGUGAUGCGUCUCUUGUUUCAUCACGAAAGUUCCUAUAUCUUUGCUGUUGCGCUAGCUGGGUCGCGAGCACUUUUCACGCCUCCUCCCUUCGCCCCCCCCCCAUUUUUCCUGUGCUUUGCUCUUCCUUUGACGCGAGGUCUGUUCACUCGCGCGGCUGCCGCUGUCUGUGGCUGUAACGGUCUAACUGCCCGUUUCUCGGGGAGCUUUCCGAUUUGCUUUUGCAGUACCUGCAUUGCAGUAACCCCAGUUUUGUCGGUUGGUUGUUAUGUUGUUGGCAAGCGUGCUGGAGCACUGUUUUCCUCUGGACAACGUUUGUGCCAAGCGUUCUGUUCUUGCGCACUGGUUUUACGAGGCUUUCGGUUCAGGGCAUGCCAGACUUUGAAAGCGACGUGCUGAUAUAUGCGGCAUUGGGUAGAGCUUGAUCGAGCGGGAAUUGAGGGAUUCUGUGUUUUCGCUUGCAGCAUUUGGAUGAACUUGUGAUGUUAACUUCUUUUUUUUUAAUCCUAACCUUAUUGCCUCUGAUUUUUUUAUCUCUUCGAUCAGAUAUCUUGCCUUUUGUGUUGGCAGACACAAUUUCCACUGUGACAUUGGGCACCUACUCAGCUUACACAAUGAACUUGGUGCAGCUUUAUCUCGGGUACAGAGAGGCUUGAGUAUGUUUUAAAUUUUUCACUCACACUAUGACGGGUAUUCAUAUUUGACGACGGGAUCACCAGUACGCAAAACUGCUUCUCUGCACAUCUUAUCAAUGAGGCAUUGCCCGAUGAUGGUUAAUGCUUUUCUUAAUUCUUUUUUAUCUUUUUUUUUUGUUCCCCCUUUCUCAGACGUUGGUGAACUAAAAUGCCGUAGAACACUGACUCUUGCCUUGUUCACAUAGGAUACAAUAAAUAAGUUCCUUCUGCAAAAGAACUGUGUGCAAAGCACAUUAGGUCCGCAAAUAUGGCUUGCACAGUUCAGGUGUCUAGGUUAAGCUUCGCUCUUAAGAAGUUUACAGGUUUGUGGUGGGGUUUCUUGACUAUGUUUUUUUUUUUUUUUUUCGUCUUGGGCAUUCUGGCACAGUGGCCAGCUACAGUGCUGGAUAGAUUGCCCACGUAUGUUCAUUGCUCUGGCAUGCCCGUGCUAGAAAACUCCCCUUUUGCUAGCUGUUCAACUUCGGUUCCAUUUCUCCAUGGUUGCACGGAAUAUUGAAAGCAUUGAGCAUUCAUCCGUGGCACCCAUUAGAUCACACAUGCAUUUCUCAGGGCUUUGUUUACUGCAUUUGCUACUUGUUUGGACAGAUUCUUCUUUUGUGCAUGCUUGAAUUAAAGCAAAGAAAGGAGUGGAAUAUAAGGAAUGAAAGGGAACAGGCAGUUGAGGAUAUGAGAGAGAGAGGUGGUGAUGGAGUGAUGACAGAGGCAGGAAGGGCAGGCCCUGGUUUGAAGCCAUCGCCCAUGUUUGCGUCCAUGUAGCGUCUUUUUGCCCAGCGUCUUUUUCUGUAGUGUGCGCACGGCCAUUUCUCGUGUCCAGUGCUUGCAGCAGCGGCUCAAACAUAGGUGCCUGUGUACGUGUUCUUUGCGCGAAGGAUAAGCUAGGGAUGAUGGAUGAACGAAGCUGGGGCACGCCUGUGUGUAGGUAUGAUAAGUGGCGCCCCCCUUCUCUUCACCCGUGGUGAGUUCACGGAAGUCCAAGAUGUGCGAAAGUUUUGGAGGACAUCCUGCCUCUUCUGCUGGCUCUCGUCGUUCACAUUGUGUCAAGUGUUUCCCUUGUUCGUUAUUAGCUUUUCUCUCUCUAACCUCCCCCCCCCCCCCCCAUCCCUCGCCUUUGCUGAUUCCUCACAUCCCCCUCUCUUCGCUGGCCCGAUGACGGCGUGUUGCUGACUAGUUGUACCGUAGUUGCCGUUUUUUGUCGUGUCGUGCAUGUGUCUGCCGCCAGCUUUUCGUGGCGUUCAGAGUGGCCAUUUCCAUCCCGGUAUGAAACAUUUUGCUGUCUUAGAACCCCGCCCCUGCCUCUUUUUUAAUAUAUCUUACUCUGAUGGCUCUUUCUGUAAACAGGCCUGGCACAUGUAAUGUCCUUUGAAGUUUCUUUUUUGCCGAAGCGUUCAUUUUCUUUUAUUGUCGCCUGCAUCUGCUCGCUUCAUUUCAUAUUCCCGGCAUGCAUUGCGGGUGAUUUUUGCAUUCACACCAACCACAUUAUACAUCAGCCUGCACGGAUGGGCGCCAUUUUUUUUAUUCGUUCACUAGAUAGAAGCAACAGGAAGCAGAGGAAAGCUCACAAAGUCUUUCUUCUGCAACAAAGAAGAAAAAAAAACAUCAUCACCGCACUAUCACCACAGCAUACACAGCGAGGGCGCCAGUUUUGGCCGGCAGCCUCUCCGGGAUAUCUCUAGGUGGUCACACUCGUGCCAAAGGCAACAGCAGUACCUGACGGAAUGAGACUUCGACCGGCACCGACGUUGUAUAGUGGGCCGGUCGGCCGUUGGCUUUUCAAGAUCCGGUGGAAAAGAUGUCGUCACUGUGGAUUCAAAAAGGAGAGCGGCUUAUGGAGAGGCAAUUGUGUGGGAAACAAAAAACGGUGUCUGUUGUUGAUUGGUUGAAGAAGAAAAGGAGAGAAAGAAAAGCGAGGCAGUCCUGCAUUUCCAAAGAAAGCCUUCUCAUUGUAAGGCUUGCCUGGGUCAGUUUGUGAGCUUUCUAAGGCGUUUCUUCAGUCUCCAGUGUGGUGAUUGCUGUAGCUGCAUCGGCUUUUGGUGUGAAAGAUAACAAUGUUACCUGUCUCGUGGGGCUACCCUUUGUUUGGCCAUAGUUGGUUUUCAACGUUUUUCUCAAAGUGAAGGCCAAGUUUUGAUUCGUAGAAGCCUUGGAGAAAGCUGCGUCUUCGGUUCGACUCGCACUUGCGGGUACAAUUUUAACUUUUUUUUUUUCUUCACUGUCUCUUCGAGACUUCACGUUUGUUCAGAGAAGGGUGAUCUCGUGUGUUUUCUUAAACACACUGUCGGGAAAAGAAAAAAAUAUAUAUAUACGCAUCUCAAAGUUUUGGACCAUAAUGUACGUGUUAUUGCUCACCUUGGCAUUGUCACAGCCAGGACAAUGCCGAUCACACACUCUCAGCUGUCGAACAUCUUCUCCGUUGUAGCAUUCAUCAUUCUUUAAGUAGGAGCUGGUGUUGCCUUUGGAGCAUGACCAACGUGUGAGGUAGAUGGAGCGUUUUGGGUGCCAAGUGUGCCCGUGGUGAGUCAAAGCAAGUGUUAAUGAGGGAAUGUCGCGUCGUUCUUUUUUCUAUCGCUCAUGCGACAGAAGCAGUGCCAGCAAUGGCAUUUCAGACAGCUCGUCAUGUUAGUCAGUCACGAAGCUCGUUCUCAGUUUUGCACAUAGUCAAGCAGCUAUCUUCUAAAUACCUAUUCGCAAGUAAAGACCAUUAGCAAAAGAUCGCUACACGUGCAGACGUUGUCGUCUCUCGUUCAGGCAGUUGGGAAAAUACCCUGUGUUUCCGACGGCUUCCAACAUGGUAGCACUUGUCUGUCAUCAAAGGCAUCAUUGCAAAUCAAACAUGGCCUUUUGAGAGAUGUUUUGUGUCUUUCUUCAUAUCUAAUAUACUUCUAUUUACCUUGCAUGGAAUACGGAAUGACGUGGUGAGACUUGGCUUAAGUUCCAUACGUCAUUUGGUCUUCUCCAGGGUACCAGUCAAAACUCAUUAAAUGUCGCAUUGGACACAAAAAUAUCCUCGUUAUAUCUGCUAUUCGUUGCGAGCAUAUAUUUGUUACACGCUGACAUCAGCUAAAAACAUUUCAGGCAUACUUUGGUAUAUGUCAUACAAUAACUUACCAAUAUUCAAUAACUGCAGCAUUUUGGAAAAACAUUUGACAUCCCAAGUCCCUGCAUGACGAGCUGGCAGAGAAAAUGUGCGUUGCUGGCAGAAAGCGGGUUGUUCGAUAUUUUUCUGUUCUCGAUGUAGUUCAUAUAUCCUUUUGAAUGUGUAAAAUGUUUUACAUUGUCCUCGUUUUUUUUUUUUUUUCCCCUGUUUGAUGAGUAUUUUGUUUUGUUUUCUUUACGUUUGCCUGCCCAAUCCCGGUGUGUGGUAUAGUCGAAUGUUUCACCCUCCCCCAAGCCCCAUCUACCAUCUUGUAUCCUUCGUUUUACCUGGUGAGCGUUUUUUUUUUUUUUUUCUGUCUAUAAAUAUAAAGUAUAUAUAUAUUAUACAUACAGAAAAAAAAAUCACAUGCGCGUGAAUACAGUCUAUAUAUAAAUAUAUACACAUAUAUAUGUAUACAUAAUUCCUUGGUGCCUCGGAAAUGCACAUUGUCUACCUCCCAGUAAAACAGGUCCAUGUGUGUCAGGUUUCAAGCAUUAAAAAGAAAAAGAAAAAAAAAAGCUGUGGAAGUGUUAUACAGAAGUGGUCUUAAGUUAAAUGGCAAGAGAGUCAGUCAAGUCUAGAUGGUGUACAAGAGUUCUACAAGAAAAAAAAAAGAGCAUCAGAUAGUGUGGCUUUAUUGAAAUGCCCCCUCUGUGUCGAAACCCACGUGUGUGAAAGUGUGAAAAAAAAAGAGCGACAAGAUUUUUUGAUUGCUGUGUAGAAAAAAACUGAAAGUUUGUGCCUUAGGUUGGUGGGGAAGUUUGUUAUUUGAGAGCAUUUUUUGAAUGGUCAUUUGUUGUAUAAAAUAGGCAGGAAAUUGUGAGCGAAAUCCUAGAACAGUGUAGAUAUUCGUGUAAUGGCGAAGCGAAUAAGUGCGAGAUAUGUAGAGUUUUGUUUUUUCGUGAGCGCUUUUCAGCUUAGAGGUUAGAGGUUUCCCGAUUGGCGUCAGGGCUGCCAUUGAAGCCCUCUGCAGAGCUGUUUUGGAGCUUCCAGAUGGAGGCAAAAAGGAGGGUCGUUAAGGGGCAGUGCUUUGCAGGGAGACGUAACCCACUCUCUGUACUAAUCAUGAUUGCUCUUUUGGCAAAUGAUACUCUUCUCGUUAGAUGCAGCAUCGUAGGGUUCUCUUGCAUGAUUUUAUAAGUUGAGUCACGAAGUUGCCGGGUCAGCACAGGGGCUGUAAAGCUUUUUUGAUUGCAGUGUAGAAAAAAACUGAAAGUUUGUGCCUUAGGUUGGUGGGAAAGUUUGUUAUUUGAGAGCAUUUUUUGAAUGGUCAUUUGUUGUAUAAAAUAGGCAGGAAAUUGCGAGCGAAAUCCUAGAACAGUGUAGAUAUUCGUGUAAUGGCGAAGCGAAUAAGUGCAUGUCCUGAUUGGGUUGCAACAGGCCUGUGUUCUUAUCAUUGCAUGGUUACUAAGUUGCAGCUUGCAGUAAUAAGAGGAAAGCAUUUGAAAAGUAUGAAGGAUUGCAUGUCUGCUUGCACUUUUGCAGCAGUGAAAUGUCUUGAAGUAGUUGCAGAAUUGUGUUGUGCGGCCCAUAACCAUUUUUACUUUUAACGGUUGCUUUCAAGGGUCUAAAAAUACAUGGCAUGUUUCCUUUAACAACUUUCUUGCACAAAGACUUCAGUUCACGGUAGUUCUCAUUCACUGUGGAGCGAGCUGCACUAGUGCAGUCUCUGCCAAAGGUUAUGAAGGCAGUGUACACGUGACGGGAACUGUUUGCCUGAUUAUUACAGCCCAUAGAAAUUAUCAUACAGUGCGACCAAAGGGCAAAAGAGCCGUGCUUGUACAGUCUUUAUAAAAAAUGCGAUGGCACUGGUCAUCUGAUGGGAUCUGUCGUUGUGCCCCUUUAGUAGAACUUUCACUGCAUGAAAAAAGAUUGAGAAGUAUGGCGCGCUGCUGAAGCUCAUGAGCCUAGGUGCACAGGGCAUGUUACGGAAUCCCCAUCGCACGGUUCAUUGAUGGAUCCUGUCGCUUGUGGAAUGGCUUUUAAACAUUUGACGAAGGCUGCGCAUGUUGCAUGACACUUGCGUGAGAGGGUGUCGCGCCCUCUUUAGUGUCAAUUGUGCACUAUCAGCUUGAGAAGCCCUCUGAACAGCAAUCUUCAGACGUUGUCCCCUUGGAAUUUUCGUAACAACGCUACCGUGCAUGUAAGUUACCUGGCCAGCGAUUAUUGUAUCGUGCAAGUUCACAGAUGUACCAUUGGUUAGUUUCUUGUUGCGUAUCGCGUGCUGUGGGACGUCUCCCAGUUUGGCACUGCCCCGGCUCCAAACACUUGAAGUAGGACAAGUCAAAAGGUUCAUUAUGACCGUUACAAAUUGAGCGUAGCAAACAGUACUGAUCGUAGUACUAAAAAGUUGAAGCGUGCAAGAAAUGAGGAAAACAUUUGGGUGGCUUGUCUUGCAAAGGAUGAGAUCAGCGGUGCAUGGAGAGAAAGAAAAAAAAAACUGAGUGAAAUAAUAAGAAGAAAACUCUAUUUUUGUUGAAACUAGGAUUACACUUAAGUACGAAUAUAUACAUAUUUUGUUAGAGGAAGCUUUUUCAUAUUAGAUGUGGGUCUCAUUGUAUAGCUUGCAUCUCUGCGCAUGUUAUACAACUUGACAUCUUGCUGUACACAACUGCUGUCGUGAUAAAGUGUUGAAACUUUGUGCACGUCAGUUCUCUGCCGCCUUUCCUCAACCUCUCUAUUUCUUUUUUUAUUUACAUGCUCUCAACCAUAUUGUCUGGGGCACGUUUGUUUCUUUUUUUUCCGCUAUCUCUCUUUUCUGCCUCAGGAAGUAAUAAAUGACUGUGCAUGCUUCAUAUGCUUUAUAUCACACUGUAGGAACGUUUUGUACGCUACGAAAACGGCACUCUGGCAGAGUGAGAAAUACCCUGCACCUGCCAGCUUGCAAAAAGUCCCUCCUUGAAGUGACAUGUUGGAUAGACUUUUAAAACGUCAGUCAAUCAAAUCUCUUCAGAAGGUUGCAGAAGCUCUACACUGUUGUACCAAAACAACUUUUCUUUUAACGAAACACACCGUCCGCUCUCGACUUGCCCUGAUACCGCGUGCGAUAUAUGUAUACUUUUAGCACAGGUGAAACCAUUUUGUAGAUAAACAUCAAAUGCUCACAGACCACAAAAUUUUCUUCAGCAGUCCAGCACCUCCAGGUGAACAUCAGUUCAAGCAUCCACAUGGCAUUUUUGAAGUUGCAGUUGGCCAUAAAAGGAUAUUUUCUUUCCAGUUCCAGUGUAUUGCUUAUACUGUGUAUGUAUAUUGGACCAACAUCCCCUCCAGUAUACUACCUGCACAAUUAAUUACAUGAAGCACACAGUAUUAUUGGUUAUUUUGUGGAGUAAGAAAUUACUUUCCUUUGCUUUGAAUAUCACUUCAUAGUCACUUUUUCCUACUUUAAUGUCAUUGAAGCACUUUAGAGCACGUUAGUGUAAAGAUUACGUGAUUUGUUCGUUUUAAUUCUGCAUACUGUUUUUUGGCUUACCAGUGAAUAAAGCCUGCAAAUACAUGAAUACAUCUGUUCCUUUUUUUUUUUUUUUUCUUUUACAUGGACACCUCUUUCUGUGUACCAGCAACUGUGCGAACCUUCUGAAAUGAUUUUAGUGCAAUAAUACAGUGAGCACAGUCUGUCCACAGGUGACUUUAUGUAGGGGCUUUCAACACAGUGUUUUUUUUUUUUUUUUUUGCACAUAAGUUUUCAUGUUAACGCCACUACAUGAAAUGUGAGCAUAUAAGAUUAGCGCAUUGUGUUGCAAAAACUGGACAAGUUUGGAUUCUGUGCAAUUUUCACGACCAGUACAUUGGUCCUCUGCGUUUGGUUAAUCAUACAAGGCAUCUGUGUCGCAUGCUUGAAAAAACUGGAGCCAUAUAUGAUCCAGGGGGGGUUGUACGUCACCAUUAAAAUUGCCCUGACCACUGUAUGGUCAGCAUUGCUGAUGUGCUAUUGCCAUACGAAUGGCAAGUGUUUUAACCCUGCUGACAAAGUUGAUAUACUGAUGUUUUUCACUUUUUUUUCGUCUUCACGGGUACUUUACGAUGGUUUAAUAUUUGAGGAACCUGCGUCUGUGAAUGCCGUUCAAUGGCUACUUGUAAAAUCUUUGCCACAGCUUCUGACUUCCAUCUGCAAAUUCAUGGCCAAUCAGCAUAUAAUUUACGAAUGCCAUCGAGAAAACUUGACUGGAUAUUUGCAUCCCAAGUUAGCAAAGCCAGGUGGCAGUGGAAGCCUCUUUGGUUAUUUUCCAUCACUCCACACACUUGUGACAUAUACCACGUGCAUUGUCACAAGUGUGACGGCAUUCACGACGUUCUGUGGUCUCCUACCGUCACGGUCACUCACUUGACUUUCAGGGAAUGAAGCUGUCGCUCAGACAUUCGUUGCGUAAUACAUUGCAGACUGACAACUUCUACUUCUUUCAGGAUUGCAACAGUUCGCAUGAAAUUAAAUACAAAAAAAUAAAUGUGUCACACAUACCCAGAUCAAGCCGUACUUUGACCUCCCUGAACAAUACUUGCCCGUGCACUUGUGUUUUUGAAAGAAAAAAAAAUAUGUGUGUGUGCUUGUGUGUGUGUGUGUAGUGUCAACUUUAUCGAGUUGAGAGGCCUUUCAGGAGGUGUACUGUUUUCAGACAUUUGCUUAUGUGCAUGUUCUUCAAUGUGCUCUGAUUCGCUGUCAGCAUAGGUACCAGCCACUAGCUUCUCUUGAAGCUGGUGGAAGGUGAAUUCAACACUGCUCUUCUUUCUGACGUUGCACGUGAAAGCAACAUAUUCUAAAUCUUUGGAGGUGUGUGUACUCUAUACUGUACUUUUGUUGUUCUUUCUUUUUUCGUUGACACCACAACAUCGAAGCCAUUCCGCGUGAAUUCAUCUAGCAUGUAACUUGUACGCUUACCCUGGCUGGAAGAACCAGGAGUUUACCUUGGCUCAUGUUGAACUCCCACCAUGUUUUUUGGCUUACCUAGCCUUUCAACAAAGAAUUAUGACUGUUAGUAUAUAAUCAUAAUCUGUUAACAGUGAUCAUGUUGACGGCUCAACAAAAUUUGCUGUGAGAGAUGAAUUCCCAUCGAACAGUUUGUUUCUACUUGAACCCCACUACCUCAUGUUUUUAUUUAACAUUUGUUUUCAUCUUGUGUGACUCUCAUCAUAUGAGCCCCCUGCUAAAUCAUUAUUUUUAUUAGCCAUGAUGAGAGCAUUGAAAAAGCAGGCAUACAUUUUCUCUUGGGACGUUUAUAUCGACGUCAAUACGGGCGCAUUAACUUGUGCUUCAGUGCAGGUUCUUGCACAAACUGUCAUUACUCAACGUGCCGACCUGGUUUUUACAAACUGAACAUUAUACCGCCUCGAUACCAGACCUAACAACCAUCCUUUGUUAUGCAAUUCACAUGAUGUCAAUGCAUUACUAAAUCUACUAGCUGGCUUGGUUAAAUUACUGGUUUCACAUUUGAUUUUUCACAUGAAGCACUUGCUAUUCAGAGCAUAAGGUUUAACCAACAAAGAAGUUUUUUGACUCGCAAUUAUCUGAGAAGGCUAGAUUUGCAAUUCACCGCCGUGUUUUGGGUAAACUGACCACUUAAUUAGCAAACCAGUUUUUUUGGCUGGACUUUUUUUUAAACUGUUUUACCAUACUUGGACUUAAAUGCGUGAAAAAAAAAGAACAUUCAUGAAAAUCGACCUAUAUCAAGUGUAUGUGGACGUUUAAAAAAUAUAGAAGCUUCAAGUGCAUGAGCAAAGCCUUGGGCAGUAGCUAAGAUCAUACAGAGCUUUUGCGGAUAUUCACUUGGAACCAACAUUGUACAAUACACAGGCACAAUCAUGUGUAAUCAUCUGAAUAUGUGCGCCGUGUCUUGUUUUUUUCGUCCCCCCCCCCCCUCCCCAUUCAGUUCUUUCUUCGACUGGUUCAUUCCUGUUCAUUACGGGUCCCUGGGCUAGGCCUAGUCGUUGUUAGGCUUCGGCCCUGAUAAUCCUGAACCAUGGGAUUGAGAACACAAUUUUUUUUUUCUGUAUCAUUUGCUGAAAGCAGAAUUGCUUACAGCAUGUAACGUCAUGAUUGACCGUUUACUGAGGAAACGGUGCAUCAGUUAAGUUUGUCUGCUUGUUUUAGCUUUGAUGAAUGGCCACCGUGUCCGUAGUGUGUACACUGUCCACUAUGUUUUCGUUGCCGCUGCUUCUGGUAUACCAGGCAGCAGCCAGGGUGUUUUAAUCACUGCAGCUGCGAAGCUUUUCGUAUUGCGGAAGCCACCGAUAAUGUAGAUUUAAUAAUUGUCAUGCCAUCUAUGAGUAGACAACUGAACUAAUGGGUAUCGUUAAUUGUUGAAGCCAGAGCAGUGCUUGCUUGGCCAUGUUGCUAAAUAGGCAGUGCACCAAUCUGCCAGCAGGCUCCCAUGAAGUGGUCACUGCAAAUGGCCCUCGAUUUCAAAGCGGGAGUUUCGUAACUGUUGUGGCUAAGAAAACCCUGUGCGGCAGCUGAAUCGAAGAUAUGUGCAAAAUGUGUUUGCUCUCCUUCACUCUUUUGACAUGCUUGAGUCGUCACGGUGACCUCAGUAUUUACAGUUCCUAUAGGAGUUUUUUCUGCGGCUCGCCUGAACAUUGCGCGUAGUAUUUCUUAGACUCGACAUAGCGGCGUAAUUGCUAUACUACACGAUGGCGUAACAACAAGUACAAAAAAAACGCAUCUCAGCCUUUCUCUCUCUCUCUAUCUCUCUCACUCUGUCAACCCCCAUAAGAGUGAAUGUGGGCUUUGGUAGCUGCUGCUUUUGCGACGUUGUUUCUGGUGUGACGAUGAAAUCACUUUAAAAGAGCGAAGAAGGUGCAGUACCACUAUACCUGUGUACUAUAUAAACACGAUGAAGAAUUGUUGCUUGCUUCCUGUGACGGACGUCCCUGCAAUAACAGGCUGAGGCUGGACAUACGCACAAAAUUGGCAGUUUUUUUUUUUUUUUUUCUUCGAGGAGCCAUUGAGAUCGGCUUGUUAAUCUUGGAACUGCAGCAGUGUCUUCUGCAGAAUUGCUGGGAUCCUCUAGCAGACGACACACUUAUUGAGGCAGAUGUACUAGCUGAAAGCAGCAAGGAAAAAUUGCGUGCUGCACAUAUAUCGUCGUCAGCAGGUUUUUCUGUUGCAGGCAGCGUGGGGUUACCCGCUCUGGCGUCUAGUGCCUCUGAGAAUGCGCUUCCGUGUUCAUUGCUUAGACGCUAUAUUGGCUAUGGUAGCCGUGUACCAGACGGGAGUGCAUUUUUGCUUGGCAAGCCAAGAAACCUUAAGAAUCUCUCCGUGUGUGUUACUAAGGGAUUGGAGCAGUGUUCGCUAUCAGUCAUAAAGGUAUAUAGCGCUAGACUACCUUUUUGCCAGAAGUCUCUCAAUCGGUGCCAGAAGUAGCAUCUAGUUGCAGGCUAUAAGCUGUGACGUCAUGCAGGUGCCGGUGCUGUUGUCGCUAAUGCCGCCACGUUUAGCCUCCACAUUCACUAGAGUCGCUGCACGCUUGCGCCUGUCAAUAACGUACGCCAAAGAGAAAAGACUUGUCUUAGCGUUUAGGGACAAACACUUUUAAUGUGCCGUCCAAUCACGACUGCAGCAGGCUUUUAGCAGUCCUACCUUAGCUACAUGGUUGAUGCCUACGUCACAGCUGAUUGUGUGACGUCACAGCCGACACAUCUUCAAGGCCUAUCGUCUCGCGAAGAGGUAGCCCUUACAAUUCUGGUAGUUUCUGUUAGCAGCCGAGCGAAUCUUCUGUCUUAUUUCUUGCGUCUCCAUCUGGCGAAUUAGUUGGAUUGCAGACAACGGUUCAGCCUCAGCCUAGCCUUGCGGUGCUAUAUGUGUUUCGUCUGUGUCGAUUCGACGCAGACGAUGCGGAGUUGUCUCUUUAACGCAGUGUGUUGGUUUGUACAUGUGCUGCCAUUUCAGCGGCGUGCGUUCUUACAGGCUGGCUGUCUUACGGUGCAAGGCCAGGAGUUUUUUGCAUAUAAUGUGGUGUGCAUGUGUGAGUGUGUGUAAACGUUUCAGUGCCAGCAAAACUUCAAAAAAAAAGAAAAAAAAAGAUGGUGGUGUACACUGUGUAGUUUUUUCUGUAGCCCUUUUUUUUUCUUCAUUUUGUAAUGCGUGUACUGGAAACUUAAUAAAAUUUUUAGUUUGGUAAGUAACUACA